GAAAUGGGUGGUCUGAAGUUUGGGUUGUGGAAAGGGGCUUUCGGGCAACAGCCUAGACCCACAGACCCAGCGCCAUUGCUUUGGGCCACCUAACAGGCUGCCCCAGCUAUGCCAGAAAUCCCCCCCAAUGCCUGCCAGAGCCGAGCCAAGGUCAGGCCUGUCUGCCUCUCCAGAACCGCAGCUGCUGCUGGAGCUCCAGCAGGAGGGAGGGACUGGGGUCAGGCAGUGGGAACGAGGUCACCCUGCAGGCUCCAUCCCAUGGGCCCAAACCCCUCAGCGCCCAUCCAGCAGUUCUGGCUUUUUCGUCUUCCAGGUUCUUUGCUGGAACCUGAUGCCAUAGAGGCAGAGUGGCCACCAGGGGGCACCCCAUGGCAAGUGUGGGGGUGGAGGGGGUGGCAGCUGGGCUGGUCUGUUCCUGGAAUGGGCCAGGAGGGAGGAGGAGGAGGAGCAAGCGGAAGUGGGAUGGUGUGUUGCUGGCUGGCGGGCCCAGGCGACAAAAGAAAACUGACCGUCUGGUGGCCAGUUGAGGCACCCUGGGACAGUGGCUGCAGGUAGGCAGAGGUGAUCCGAGGGACAAAGGCAGACCUUCCCACUUUCCUAUACCUUCCUCCCGACCUCCACCUUCCUGCCUUCCCACCUUCCAUUUUUGCCCUGAAACUUCUCUCCCCAUCCACCUCAAACCUUGACCACUUCCCUCAGCCCCAGCCCUUACCCCUCUUAGGAACUCAGCAAGUAACAGGGUCAGGCCUGGCUCCUGCACCUACGGCAGCAGCCUUGGAGAGCUCUGCCUCCUCGCCCCAACGUCACUGUACUCCUGUCGCCAGGCCAGCAGGCCCUGUCUGGGAGGACAGGUGACUGGGGCAGGUGGCAGCAGGCAACUCAAGUGAGGCAAGGUCUCUUCCUCAGCCAGGCAUGGCAGACUCUGCCCAGGCCCAGAAGUUGGUGUACCUGGUCACAGGCGGCUGUGGCUUCUUGGGGGAGCAUGUGGUGCGAAUGCUGUUGCAGCGGGAGCCCCGGCUCCAUGAGAUCCGGGUCUUUGACCUACACUUGGGUCCCUGGCUGGAGGACCUGAAGACAGGUACACAGAACGUGAUCGAGGCUUGUGUACAGACUGGAACACAGUUCCUGGUCUACACCAGCAGCAUGGAAGUUGUGGGGCCUAACACCAAAGGCCACCCCUUCUACAGGGGCAAUGAGGACACCCCGUAUGAAGCAAUACACAAGCACCCUUAUCCUCGCAGCAAGGCCCUGGCUGAGCGGCUGGUCCUGGAGGCCAAUGGAAGGAAGGUCCGCGGGGGGCUGCCCCUGGUGACAUGUGCCCUGCGUCCCACGGGCAUCUACGGUGAAGGCCACCAGAUCAUGAGGGACUUCUACCGCCAGGGCCUGCGCCUGGGGGGCCGGCUCUUCCGGGCUGUCCCGGCCUCUGUGGAGCACGGCCGGGUCUAUGUGGGCAACGUGGCCUGGAUGCACGUGCUGGUGGCCCGGGAGAUGAAGCAGCGGGCGGCACUGAUGGGUGGCCAGGUGUACUUCUGCUAUGAUGCAUCACCCUACAAGAGCUACGAGGAUUUCAACAUGGAGUUCCUGGGCCCCUGUGGACUGCGGCUGGUGGGCACCCGCCCGCUGUUGCCCUACUGGCUGCUGGUGCUCCUGGCUGCACUCAACGCCCUGCUGCAGUGGCUGCUGCGGCCGCUGCUGCUCUACGCGCCCCUGCUGAACCCCUACACACUGGCUGUGGCCAACACCACCUUCACCGUCAGCACCAACAAGGCUCAGCGCCAUUUUGGCUAUGAGCCCCUGUUCUCAUGGGAGGACAGCCGGACCCGCACCAUUCUCUGGGUGAAGGCCACGGAGGGCUCAGCCCAGUGAUGUAGGGCCGGGGCCUGGAGACCCAUCCAGUGCCUCCACCCAGGCCCCGGCCCACACCCCUGGCUGGGAGGGAUGACUGUAGUCCAGAGCUGGAGGCAGGGCUCUGGCACCAGACCGGCUGUCUGGAGCCCACCACGCUUUAAGUCCACAAGCCCUGGGUCUGCAUUGGGUCCUGAUGCCUCCAAGUUCUAGGGCAGGGGAUUGGGACCGGAGUGACUUCACUCUCAACCUGGGUUCUGCCACCUGGAUGGUCCCAACUGCCUGUCCCGCUGGGGCUUUUCCAGCUGGAAGCAGGCAGAGGCUCCACAGGCCCCACGCUGGUCUCCAGCCAUCCGGGCAGAUCUUCAGGCCCAGGGUCAGAGUGGAGAGGCUUCUCUGGCUCCUCCACAACCUUCGUCCCUCCUUGGGGAGUUAUAUUCCCAUUGUUUUAAAAAAUGUAUCACCUUUAGACAUUUAUCUUUGAAUUCCCCUCAACAAAGGCUGAGGAAAUCAGUACAUUUUUACUACAUCUCACCCCUCCACCCACAUUCAGUUCCUGCCAUCGUGUUAGUGCUCUGCUGAGGGUGCCCCGGGAAUGCUGUACCUGGCCAUGCCCUGGAUUAAAAUCCUUGUCCAAG